AAAUCCCUGAGUGCUGUCUGGGGACAGAGAGACAGAGAGCCGGAGCCACAGACAGAGGCACACAUAGCCUUAGAGUCAGACUAACAGGUAUCCAGGAAGCCAUGGGAGUGCCUGGAAGCAGAGGCGGAUGCAAAUUGAGUACAUUCAGAGACUAGCCCCAUCCUGUUCUUCAACAUGGACCAGAACCCCUCUGGCUUCCAGAGCAAAGAGACAGCAGCUCCCUACAGCAGGCAGAAUGAAACCCAAGACGCUCCAAAAGUGACCUCCAACCUCCAAGAUGCUGCCCAUGGUCAGCAGGCCAACACGCAGGCACCUAUACCCAUCAUCCACACUCGCAAAUUCAGCAACGUGGAACAGUCAACAUCCACACCUACAACCCGAAGAGUUAGCAUCCAGGAACCACCAACAACUGUCUUUCUCCCUCGCAAGAUCAGUACACAGAGUUCCCCAUCCACCAUUCUCCCUCGAAGGUUAAGUAAUCAAGAGACCCUUCCUCAGGAUUUCCAGCCCAAUACACAAGACAUACAGUCUGUGGCUUACCAUCGAUGGCUCAGUUCCAGAGAGACUUCUUCUCUUUACCAUAACCGCCGACUCAGCAUCCUAAGCUCUCAUACCCUGUCAGAACUCCCCAGCUCACAAAUUGAAACUGAAAGCCACCCCUCCACAGCCCAGUCUUAUAGCCCCAACAGAAAACAAACGAGACCCAGUGUGGAUGUUCCCCCAUCCAUAACCCAGAGCCCACAGGCCAGCAUCAGAAGUUUUGAGUCCUUUGUCUGGGACUCCAAGGACAGCUUGAAAGAGUUUUCUGAGGACUCUAUAUCCACUCACAGUAAUCUAGGCAGCGCCUCGAAACUGUCCAGCUUUUCUAGUACAAUGAACCCUAGUAGGACUCAGAGCAAAUUCUGGACACUGCUUCCCAUAGGCUGGAGGCUGCUGCUGGAAGCCAAGAAGAUCAGCAGGUACCUCAGCCUGGUGCUGGCUGUGGGCGGCAUGCUGAUGCUCAGCCUCGUCGCCCUGUGGAAGCCUUCGAUCCACUUCCAAGUGCCUCUAGGACCCUCAGGGGACCCCGCUGGCCCCCCAACCAUCCCCAUUGACACCAUCUUCUUCAUGCGCUGCCCUGACAUCUCCUGCAUGAAUGAAUACGAUAAGAAUGCGUAUCUGCUGGACAUGGCCUGGGCCUGCCUCCUCAUCUCCGGUGUCAUGAGUUUCUGUGUGUGUAUGGGUCUCAUCAGUACUAUAUUCUUCCCUAGCACUAACCUGCCCUUGAUGGACUUCUCUCUCUUCAUCUGCAGCCUCAUGACAGGGGUCAGCAUCAUUCUGGGGGUCCUGUUCUACCUGAUGCAAGCCCGGAAGUUCCUACAGGAAGGCAUGACCUACACACUGGGAAGCAGUUUCUACCUUGCCUGGAUCAAUGUCUUCUUCUUCUUGAUGAUUGGUUUCUUCUCCUAUCUGAACUAUAUUAACUUCUGGUCUAUCCUGUCACUCCAGGCCAUGUGGUCUUAAGACACGACAAUAAACUAACACCAAUGGUGUGCUUAGGCUGUCAACUGCCUGGCAAUCCACCCCUAUACUCAUGUAUACUCAUGUAACUUCUGACUCCCUUUAACCCAGAAUGCUAAUUUAUAUUUUAAAGAGAAAUAUCUUCUGCCCAGAAAAUGUCUUUAUUUGGCUCUGUAUGUUGAACAAAGCACUUCAUGGAA